AUGACCGGGCACUCUUCCACCCCCAACCGACUCUUCGAGCCCAGCUCUCUCGACCUCGAAGAAUUCAAGAGGAUAUGCAGUCAAACCACUGAUCAGGGCCGGUAUCCUCUCGCGAGCACCAUCGAGAAGAACAUCCCGCUUUACGACGCCGCCACCUUCGACCCCCUCGACACCGCGCUCACCCCCCGGCUCCAAGAUGAAUGGCACCACGCCCUCUCCUGCGGCCCGGGCAUCAUCGUCCUAAAGAACAUGUACCACCGCCCCCGCUACACCCAGACCCUGACCGCAACCACCGCCACGUUCCAGCACAUCAUCGCCCACGAACGCACCCUCUCCACCAAAGGCGACCACUUCGCCACCGGCGGCCGCAACGAUCGCAUCUGGAACUCCUUUUCCAAACACGCCCUGCACGACCCCUCCUCCUUCAUCGACUACUACGCGAACCCCUGGCUGCGCCUCGCCGCCGAGGCCUGGCUCGGCCCGGCCUACCGUGUCACCGCCCAAGUCAACGUUGUGAAGCCCGGCGGCGCCGCCCAGGACCCCCACCGCGACUACCACCUGGGGUUCCAGGGUGGGGAGGCGUGCGCGCGCUUCCCGCGCACGCUGCACGUCGCGUCGCAGUACCUCACGCUGCAGGGGGCGGUGGCGCACAGCACGAUGCCGGCGAGCAGCGGGCCGACGCGGUUCCUGCCGUUCAGCCAGACGUUUGCGCCGGGGUAUCUGGCGUGGCGCGGGGAGCCGUUCCGGGACUUCUUCCGAGACAGCUAUGUGACGUUGCCGCUGGGGGAGGGCGAUGGGGUUUUUUUCAACCCGGCGGUAUUUCAUGCUGCGGGGGCGAAUGAAAUGUCCGCGUCUGCGUCUGCGUGUGCGGAUGCUGAUUCGGAGGACGGCGAGGGGGCCUUCCACCGGAAGGCGAAUCUGUUGCAGAUUAGCUGUGCGUUUGGCAAGGCCAUGGAGAGCGUGGAUACGGUGCCGAUUGUGGAGCGGUGCUGGGGCCAGAUGCUGGCGCGGUAUCAGGGGACGGGGCUAGAUGCGGAGAUGGAGGCGCUGGUCAUGGCGGUCGCGGAGGGGUAUCCGUUUCCGACGAACUUGGAUCGACGGCCGCCAGCGCCGAGUGGGAUGGCGCCGGAGAGCGAGCAGGAGAUUGUGCUGAGGGGAUUGCGGGAGGGGUGGAGCACGGAGAGGGUGGUGGGGGAGUUGCGGCGGAUGGGGAGCGAUUCGGCCGCUUGA